AUGAAGAUGUUCUGCACCAUUCUGUAUCCAUUGCUGCUGCUUCUCCUGUUCAGCUGUGCCACUUUGUCUGAGGUACAGCAGAAAGAGAAAGGAGUGCAGGCUGAGGUGACUGAGCAUUUGAAUGUAAAGGAAAGCAGUGCUCUUUUGGCCUUUGGUGAGUUUCAGCCACAUAUUUUCACAUGGAUCCAGUCUGAGCUGGCAGAGCUAAAAUCCACUACGAGUUUUCUGAAGAACACACUGCAGGUCACAGAGGAACAGCUGGAGCAGCUCAAGAGAAAAGAAGAUAAAGUGGCAUUUGCAGCCACACUUGGGAACAGAGGUAGCGUUGGGCCUUUCAACACUGAGAUAACUCUGGUUUACAAAGAUGUCUUUGUGAAUGAAGGAAGUGCCUACAACCCAACCACUGGUAUCUUUACAGCAUUUGUUAAAGGAGUCUAUUUCUUCACUUUCUCUGGACAUAACCACUCAUCUAAACCUAUGGGUCUAAAACUCUUAAAAAAUGGACAACAGAUGAUAACUAUUUACAAUCAUCCUCAAGGUAACCGCUAUGAAACAGCAUCUAAUUCAAUCUCUUUGACUCUAGAGAAAGGAGAUCAAGUCUACAUGCGUCUCUGGGAAAAUACAUGGGUCUUUGAUAAUGAAAAUGACCACACUUCAUUUUGUGGCCAUUUACUUUUUUCUCUUUGAAGGUCCUAUUCUCAACAAAUCUCAACUGAAGGUGUUUAAAUCACUUUUCAAAUCCUGAUUCACUUAAGAGUAAACUAAAAGAAUUAUAGAACAUGUUCUUUUGAGUUUAAGACCUUUUUGUUUAUAUUUCAUGUCAUUUUAUCUCUUUGAUAAUUCUAUUAAAAUGUAUUGCUUGGAAAUACAGAUUUGACAUUUGUUAUUCUCCAUAUGUUUCCUUAAUAAUAAUAAU